AGAGCCGGUGUUGCUGGCGGCUCCCGAGGUUGCGUGGGCUCCUCACGGCCGGCCCUCCCUGCUUGGGGCUGGGAGCCGCUUCGCGCCGCCCCGGGUGGAGGCUUGUGCGGGAGACGCCGCUCUGCGCGCUGGAGUGUCAACCUGGCGCUGAAUGUUGAACCUGUGAAAUGCCUUCUUAAUGACACCCGCAAAAGGAUCCUGAUUGAGUCAGUGCUUUACAUUAUUUCCUAAUGCUUGCCAUAAAGCUGAGAUAUGCCUGCUGUUGAGAGUGAAGCCAAAGUAAAAACCAAAGUGCGCUUUGAAGAAUUGCUUAAGACCCACAAUGAUCUAAUCCGUGAAAGAAAAAGACUGAAGAAAAAACUUGCCAAAUCUAAAGAAAACACUUCAGCUGACGCUGUCAGAAGCAAUCUUCAGAAUAUUAAAGAAAGUGAAAGUGAUGAUGUAAAAGCUACUAAUACAAAUAACCCAGAGAAGGGCAUGCGAGUCAGUAAAAACAAAUUGAGAAAUACUCAGUCUGCAGCUGAAAGUCCACAUGAUGAUGCUAGUGUAGAGGAAGACAAGCAAGGAAAGCCGAACAGAAAGGCUGGAAAGACAGCGCCCCAGGUGACUGCACAGGAAAUGGAAGCGGACACUCCGGAGAAGAAGGCAGAUUCUGCACAUCAGAAAGCACGACCAAAGUCGCAGCCCGGUGUGGAUCAUCAGCAAAGUGAGAAAGCCAGUGAGGGGCGGGAACGUGCCGCUGUGGAAGAGGAAGAACAAGAACUGAUGCAAGCGUAUCAGCUCCAGGUAGCUGAGGAAAUGGCCAAGGAGAUUAAGAAGAAAAUAAAAAAGAAACUGAAAGAGCAGCUGACUUACUUUCCUUCUGAUACUUUGUUGCAUGAUGACAAGUUAAGCAGUGAGAAAAGAAAAAAGAAAAAAAAGAAAGUUCCAGUUCCAUGUAAAGCUGAGACAAGUUCAUUGACCAUCUCUAAUGACCCAAAUGAAGGUGAACAAAAUAAGGAAUCUCCAGUUGAAGCAGUUACUUCAGAUGCUCAUCAAGAUGAUGAAAUAAACUCAAUGGAACAAAACACAGAAGACAACAUGCAAGAAAACACAAAACCUAAGCCCAAAAAAACAAAAAAGAAAGUUAAAGCAGUUUCAGAUGAUAAUGAAGACAUCGAUGGUGAUGGUGUUCAUGAAAUAACAAGCCGAGACAGCCCAGUUUAUCCCAAAUGUUUGCUUGAUGAUGACCUUGUCCUUGGAGUUUACAUUCACCGAACUGAUCGACUUAAGUCAGAUUUUAUGAUUUCUCACCCAAUGGUAAAAAUUCACAUCAUUGAUGAGAAUACUGGCCAAUAUGUCAAGAAAGAUGAUAGUGAACGGCCUGUUUCAUCUUACUAUGAGAAAGAGACUGUGGAUUAUAUUCUUCCUAUUAUGACACAGCCAUAUGAUUUUAAACAAUUAAAAUCAAGGCUUCCAGAGUGGGAAGAACAAAUUAUAUUCAAUGAAAAUUUUCCCUAUUUGCUUCGAGGUUUUGAUGAGAGCCCUAAAGUCAUCCUGUUCUUUGAGAUUCUUGAUUUCUUAAGUAUGGAAGAAAUUAAGAAUAACUCUGAGGUUCAGAACCAGGAAUGUGGCUUUCGGAAAAUUGCCUGGGCAUUUCUUAAGCUUCUGGGAGCCAAUGGGAAUGCAAACAUCAACUCAAAACUUCGCUUGCAGCUGUAUUACCCACCUACUAAGCCUCGAUCCCAGUUAAAUGUUGUUGAGGUGUUUGAAUGGUGGUCAAAAUGUCCCAGAAAUCGUUAUCCAUCAACAUUAUAUGUAACUGUGAGAGGACUGAAAGUUCCAGACUGUAUAAAGCCAUCUUACCGUUCUAUGAUGGCUCUUCAGGAAGAAAAAGGUAAACCUGUGUAUUGUGAGCGUCACCAUGAGUCAACUUCCGUUGAGACAGAACCUGGAUUAGAGGAUUCAAAGGAAGUGGUAAAGUGGAAACGACUGCCUGGGCAGGCUUGCCGUAUCCCAAACAAGCACCUUUUCUCACUAAAUGCAGGAGAACGAGGAUGUUUCUGUCUUGAUUUCUCCCACAAUGGACGGAUAUUAGCAGCAGCCUGUGCCAGCCGUGAUGGCUACCCAAUUAUAUUAUAUGAAAUCCCUUCUGGACGUUUCAUGAGAGAGUUGUGUGGCCACCUCAAUAUCAUUUAUGAUCUUUGCUGGUCCACGGAUGAUCGCUAUAUCCUUACUUCGUCAUCUGAUGGCACUGCCAGGAUAUGGAAAAAUGAAAUAAACAAUACAAAUACUUUCAGAGUUUUACCUCAUCCUUCUUUUGUUUACACGGCUAAAUUCCAUCCAGCCACAAGAGAGCUGGUAGUUACAGGAUGCUAUGAUUCUAUGAUACGAAUAUGGAAAAUUGACAUGAGAGAAGAUUCUGCCAUAUUGGUCCGACAAGUUGAUGCUCACAAGAGUUUUAUCAACUCUCUCUGUUUUGAUACUGAAGGUCAUCACAUGUACACAGGAGACUGCACAGGGAUGAUUAUUGUUUGGGAUACCUAUGUCAAGGUGAAUGAUUUGCAACAUUCGGUACGCCACUGGGCUAUAAAUAAGGAAAUUAAAGAAACUGAAUUUAAGGGAAUUCCAAUAAGUUACUUGGAGGUUCAUCCCAACGGAAAACGUUUGUUAAUCCACACCAAAGACAGUACUUUGAGAAUUAUGGAUCUUCGAAUAUUAGCAGCAAGGAAGUUUGUCGGUGCCGCCAAUUACCGGGAGAAGAUCCAUAGUACUUUGACUCCGUGUGGGACUUUCCUCUUUGCUGGGAGUGAGGAUGGAAUAGUAUAUGUCUGGAACCCAGAAACAGGGGAACAAGUAGCAGUGUAUUCUGACCUGCCAUUCAAGUCACCAGUUCGGGACAUUUCUUACCAUCCAUUUGAAAAUAUGGUUGCUUUUUGUGCAUUUGGGCAGAAUGAGCCAAUUCUUCUGUACAUUUAUGAUUUCCAUGUAGCCCAACAAGAGGCUGAAAUGUUCAAACGCUACCAUGGAACAUUGCCACUACCUGGAAUACACCAAAGUCAAGAUGCUCUGUGUACCUGUCCAAAGUUGCCCCAUCAAGGCUCUUUUCAGAUUGAUGAAUUUGUCCACACUGAAAAUACUUCAUCAAAGAUGCAGCUAGUGAAACAGAGACUCGAAACUGUCACAGAGGUGAUACGAUCCUGUGCUGCAAAAGUCAACAAAAAUCUUUCGUUGACUUCACCACCCCCAGGCUCCUCGCAACAGUCCAAGUUAAAACAGUCAGACCUGCUGGACAAACAGGCAAACAUUCUGGCUGCCACUGCUCACGAGAUCCUACAGCAGUUUGGUUUCCCUCAUACUGGGAUUAUCAGCGUAGAAAGAAGGCCUUGUAACCAUCAGGUAGAUACAGCACCAACGGUGGUGGCUCUUUAUGACUACACGGCAAAUCGAUCAGAUGAACUAACCAUCCAUCGUGGAGACAUUAUCCGAGUGUUUUUCAAAGAUAAUGAAGACUGGUGGUAUGGCAGCGUAGGGAAGGGGCAGGAUGGUUAUUUUCCAGCUAAUCAUGUGGCUAGUGAAACACUGUAUCGAGAACUGCCUCCAAAGAUAAAGGAGAGAUCCCCUCCUUUAAGCCCUAAAGAAAAAAUCAAAACAGAAAAACCUUCUUCUGCUCCUCAAAAGCAGUCUGUCAGUAAGGACAAGUCCCAGGACUUCAGACUGAGCUCGCAGUUGACACAUUCUGAAAUGGGCAAAGAACAGAGCCGUGAGGACCGUGGACACAAAGUGGAUGUGCAGGGGAAGAAAAAUGAGCAAACAGGCCGAAAAGUCACCCUAAUAGAGUAAAGAGUUGAAGAAGAAUGAAGACACAACCAAGUGCAGAGAAACAAAAUAACGAAUUAAACCAAAUGGAAUUUCUCCACAGAGUUCAGAAUUCUCAGAUACUAAGGAAGAAAGGAAAGAUCUAUUAUUUCGUCUCCUUACAAAAGAGUUCAGAAAAAUCAGAAGUGAGAUACAGGUGGAAAAUCAAUGUGGCCUUUGAGCUUAAUUGCUACAAACCAUUGUGACUAUUGUUGAUCAAAAUGUUGGUACUUGUGUUUUUAGUAAUUGCAUCAAAAUUACACUGCCAGUGUCAAAAAACAAUAAAGAGAAACCGUAAUUGCUCUUCAGUAAAUAUGAGUAAAAAGUGUUUGCAUUGUUAGGAUGUCCUUUAAGUAAUCAUUUAAUAUUGUAUCUGUAAUGUGGUUAUCUGUGUGAAUAUUAUGCUCAGAAUAUGAAAUCUCUGCUUUUGAAAUUACCUUUAUUUAAAAGAUGAGUUGCUUCAGAAUAUUGUGUAUUCAAAAUGGUUCCAGUAACAAAGGCAUUAAAACAAUCUGCUCUUUAGAAGUGAAAUUUGUUUUUCUGUUAAAUGAAUCCUAUAUGAUGUAACCUGGCAACCUAAACUAAAAAUGAUUUUUUUGGCUAGACUGGCAACAAUGUCCCAAAUUCCCUUUCAUUUUAAAUAAGGCAUUUCAUAUAUAAGCAUCAAGUAGUUGGUAGAUUUAGGUUGUUUAAUAUUUAUUUUAGUCUUAAUAUUUGUUUUUAAAUUAUUACAUUGCAUUAUUUAUUUGUUUACUUCCAUAAUAACAGUGUUGUCACUGUGUGACUGUGUUGUUCAGUUUGAUACAAUGAGGAAAUUAUUUUUGUUUUUGUUUUGUUUCUUUAAAUCUUCUUUCUCUAUUAUAUGAUAAUUCUGUUGAUAAAAUGGUUAGCUACAAGAAGAUCAAAGCUGACAUAAAAUUAGAAAAAGUGACUUACUGAAUUAGACAGUUGAGUCCAUUAAAAUAAGACGCGAGAGAGACAGUGUUGGGCAUUGAGGUGUAAAUUUUGGCCAGAUGUGUGUCUACCCCAUGUGAACUAUCUUCUAGUAAAAACAUAUUUGGCUCUUAUCCCUGCACAUUUGUAGAGGCGUAGAAAUUGAUAAACAUGACCAGCUGUGUACAACUUUUUUUAACAAAGGCAUUUCUGCAAGUGUUGAGUGGCGUUGGUGACUGCCGCAGCGUGCAGCCGCCAGUACAGGCGUCUGUUGUGAUGUUGUUCUUCUGGAUCCUUGCUUCUGUGCUUCAGGUACAGCUGGGCCCAGCCAGCUUGAGUUGUCCUUGUACAAACUUGGUUGUUGAUUUUUUGUCUUGUGAAUGUACUUGAUAAUUUAAAAAUAAAAAUAUGCAUCUCUCUGCAGUU